UUGUUGAUGAGGACCCGGGCUACUGAUAUGUUCACUGACAGCAAGAUAGACCAAUCGGUUCAUGAACAAGCCUCACUUAAACAGCGAGCGGAACGUGGGUGGUCUGCUGGGACUGAUAGGGCUUCUUCUUGUAGUAUACAAAAACUCAGUGACAGUGAAAGACAGAUAGAGCAAGAGGGGUGGGGUAACUUGUAGCCAAAACAUAGUCUCAGGAAACAGGUCUGUGCAGACAGCCAAUCAACCAACAAAUGAAAAGAGGAACUGACAAAACCAACUGAAGAACAAUAGUCUAAAUAGUCUUACUGAGGAUUUCAACAUCCAAGAUCAACAAAAAUGAGGAGCUUUCUUCUACUCCUCCUUCCUCUGAUGAAAGGUUGUGAGGCCGGGUCUAUAGCGACGGAAUGCAGAGAAGGAUUGUUUGAAAUCACCUGCAAAUAUCCAAAAGUAAAUAGAGAAAGUACUGAUGUAGUGUCUGAAGAGUCUGAAGUCAAGGGAUGCCCAAAAGGAUGGGUUGAAUUCACCUGGAAAUAUCCAAAAACAAAUAGAAACUAUCAAAGUAUUGAUAUACAAUGUGCCAUUCCCAAAGAAACAACCAUACAAAGUACUCAGAAGAAUGUGUGGGAAAACAAAGGCAGCGUUUCCCUGUACCAUGAUACAAAAAAUAAAAAUCUCAGGGUGGUCAUUAAACAACUUAAACCUGAGGACUCUGGGAAGUACAAGUGUAAUAAACAUGGCCGAUCUCAGAAAACCGAUGAAGUGGAAUUGGAAGUUGAGAAAGACGGCUGCCAGAGUCAAUUGAUUCAAACUGCGUACAAAACAGCUAAAACCACCAUCACAUGUGAUUACACAGAAAACAAAUCCAUGUUUUUCUGCAAAGAGAACGGUUUAACUUGUGAGGAUAUUUUAUCAACAAAAUCUUCUGUAAAGUCAAACAGGAUAUUCACGCUCACAGAAACCAAACGUGGCUUCAACAUGUCCAUCAGUUAUGUGUCCUCACAGCAUGCUGGUGUCUACUGGUGUGGAGUGGUAUUAAAUAAAGGAAAUUCCCGAGUUUCACGCAAACAAAUACAACUGGAGGUUAAAGAUAUUACUACCUUCAAAAGGUCUCCAACUACUGGACAGAAUCUUACAUACUGGUGUAAAUAUGAAAAUGGUACUUAUAUAAACAAAUUCAUCUGUAAGGGAGAAGAUCCAUCUAUAUGUCAACCUCUAGUAAGCGCCGCACAGCAAAACAACACUGGGAAGUUUUCCAUGAAGGAGGACAAAGAGAAGAGCAAUAGCACCAUAACAGUGAGAGACGUAACACCAGACGACACUGGGACAUACUGGUGCGGAGCUGAAAGCACUGACAAAACACGCAGCAACACAUUCUUCCACAGAUUUGUGAUGACUGUAGUAUCACCAACAGUUUCAACAACAGUUUCAACAACAUCAUCCACAUCUCCUGUUUCUUCUAUCCAGUCAACUACUGCAUCUACUGAGAGUCGAGGAAGCUUUCCGGUCCUCGUUACAGUGAUCAUCUGUGUAGCUGUGCUGCUGCUGCUGUUUGUGCUAAUUUUUAUCCUCAUCUACAAACGAAGUUUAGAUUCAACAAACACAAGAAAUGGAGCGGCAGCACAGCACAUCAAAGAGCUUCGUGGGGAACCCGCUGUAGCACCCGGGCACCACGGACCCCCCCGGGACCCUAUGGACUAUGUCUACGAGGAGAUACAGCAGCACGUCCAGAAGCCAGACUCUGGAAAUGCAAUGAACACGAUUUAUGCCACUGCCAACUUUCCCACAAACCCCUCUGACUCGCUGCAUUACUCUUCCAUCAACUUUCAAAGCAGCUCUGGCAGAGCUGGUGGUGAGGCACUGAUCCUCAAACCCAGCUCCGCUGCCUGCGAAUAUUCUACUGUGAAGUACAGCCAAAGUCCAACCUACUCUACUGUCAAUCAACCAUCCAGAUCUUCACAGGAUCCCCUCUAUUCAACAGUCAACAAGCCACAGUCCCAAUGAGGAAAGAUCAGCCCUGUCAGGAAUUAAUGAAUUAUUAUUGUUUGUAUCGGACGAUGAGUAACGAGAAAUGUUUGAAGAAAUAUGUUUGAAGAUUUAACUUUCACCAUUUCAUAGUUUGUCCACCAGUGACAUGGCUGUAAAGAUGGCAAUGUUGCUCUGUCAGUUGGUCAGUCCAUCACUUUGGUCCAAUUUUAAACCUCUACUGGAUGGAUUGUCAUACAUUUUUGGACAUUAAUGGUUCCCAGAUGAUGAAUCCUAGUGACUUUUCCUCUGGCGCCACCAUGAGGUUGAUAUUUGUGCUUUUGAGUGAAGUAUCUCAACAACAAUUAGAUGGAUUGCCAUGAAGUUUGGUUCAGACAUUUACAGUGUGUCCCCCUCAGGAUGAAUUGUAAUAACUUUGGUUUUCAUCUAGUGUCAUCAUCAGAUCCAUUUUUAAUUUGUCCAGUACUUCAUGACCAAAUAUCAGCACAACUAAUGGCAUUCCCAUCAGCCUAGUAUAGUCAAAGUAAAAGUUUUAAUGAAAUGAGAUGUGUCAUGCUUGAUACUGUGUUAUGCCAAUUAUAGAGUCAAGUAGACAAUCAUUAAAAUGUUGCUGAUUAUUUACCA